AAUUUUUACUGUUUUCACUUGACAUGCAGAGACUUUACGUUUCGCUUUAAGAAACAGCGUUUUUUUUAUUUUGUUUUGGCUUGUUUGCUUUUCUACGAAUAAUUCUAGGACAAUUUACAAACAGAAGCUAAAACAGCUGUUUGUUGAAUCAUCGCAUCUAGCACAAACUGAAAAUUUUUGGAAUGCGAAAUCUAAUAGGCCUUACAGAGAAAAUUCUUGGCACAACAAAAAUAAACUUUUAUUACAUAUUUUCAAAAUCUUUAAGAAAAUGUAAAUAUAAUUAAUUUUUUCGGUUAAUAAAUUGCGAAAUGAAACAGUGGUAAAUAGACAAGAGAUUUAACUAUUCGAUAACUUUUUCGUUAACCAAUCUAUCGAUGGUUUCUCACAUCUCUUGCACGGCUUAUAAAUACAGAAGAAUACAGAACAAAUGUAAACAUUAUUUAUAAGCAGAGUUUAUAAUUACUAAACUACUUAAAUACUAAUGUUAAUCCUUAUCACCGAAAUCUCAAAUUAAAUAACAUGGCGUUUAACGGAUUCUUAGAGUUCUUUCAAAAGGGCAAGACAUUUAAGCCAAAGAAGCCCUUUGCGUCAGGAACAAUUAGAUAUUCUCUACAUAAACAAGCUCAGGCCAGUCUGCAAUCUGGGAUUAAUCUUCGGCAAGUAGUCCGACUGCCGCAGGGGGAGAAUUUAAACGACUGGCUAGCUGUGCAUGUUGUGGACUUCUUCAAUCGAAUCAACCUUAUUUAUGGUACUGUUUCGGAGUUUUGCAACGAAACAACUUGUCCAACUAUGUCCGGGGGAUCGCGGUAUGAGUAUCUUUGGGCUGAUGGAGAUUUAUACAAAAAGCCAACUGCCCUCUCAGCCCAGAAAUAUAUUGAACAUUUAAUGGACUGGAUUGAGACACAAAUUAAUAAUGAAUCUGUUUUUCCUGUUUCAACUGAUGUUCCCUUUCCAAAGAAUUUCUCAGCUAUAAGUCGUAAAAUUUUAACCCGACUUUUUCGUGUUUUUGUGCACGUCUAUAUACACCACUUCGACAGGAUUGUGAGCAUUGGCGCUGAAGCUCACGUAAAUGCCUGCUAUAAACAUUUUUACUACUUUGUGCAAGAAUUCGACAUGAUAUCGGCCAAGGAGCUGGAGCCUUUACAAGAAAUGACAUCUAGAAUUUGCAAAGACAAGGAAUAGUUGUAAUACGUACUAGAUUGUGAUGUACAUUUUUAUUGUUUAUAAAAAAAUAAAUAAGCUUACAUGGA